ACCAACCGUUCUCAUUCCGUCUCAUUUAUAUUCAUCCAUCACUGACACCCCAUCACCAUCACUCACUCCUUCCUUCACCACUUCGCACUCCCUCGUUUUUGUAGCUCUCCAGAUCUUGUCUCUCCCGUAGCUAUGGCAGAGAAGGUGACCAGAAUGUUGAUAAAGGUGGAUAUGCAGUGCCCGCGCUGCUACAGGAAGAUCAAGAAAGUUCUAUGUAAAUUUCCCCAAGUCAAAGACCAGAUAUACGAUGAAAAGCAGAACACGGUGUUGAUCACCGUCGUGUGCUGUAGCCCGGAGAAGGUCCGACAGAUGAUCAUCUGCGAGGGUGGCGAGACGGUGCACAGCAUCGAGAUCCUGCUUGACAAGCCCAAUGAGACCGAGAAGAAGCGCAAGGAGUCUGAUACACCAAAGGAUACCGACAAAACCACGGUCGUGAGCGUUGUGCCGCUGCAAGAAGACGCCAAGAAGCCUGCUCCUACGACGCCUCCACCGACGCCUUUUCGCCAGGCGUGUGUGCCGCCACCCCGAAAGGCGCCAAAUCCAAAGGUGUGCUACCCACUGGUGUCAGUGUAUCCGAUGGUGGGGGUGUGCUGUUGUCCACCAGGUUAUAGAGGGUACGGUGGGGGCCCAUGUUAUUGUGGGCAGAGAAGGCCGGUGAUGUGCUAUGAUGGAUGUGGGAGACCGGUUGGUGAGUGUCAAGGCGAGAACAAAGGCCCCUUUCCUGUGCAGGGGAGGCCAGUGACGUGCGAUGAUGGAUGUGGGAGACGGGUCGGUGAGUGUCAAGGUGGGAACGGAGGAGGCUCCUUUCCUAGGCAGGGGAGGUCAGUGACGUGUGAUGAUGGAUGUGGGAGACUGGCUGAUGAGUGUCAAUGCGGGAAUAGAGGCUCUUUUCUUGGGCAGAGGAGGCUAGUGACGUGCGAUGAUGGUUGUGGGAGACCGGUUGGCGAGUGUCAAGGCGGGAGCAGAGGCUCCUUUACUAGUCAGGGGAGGCUAGUGACAUGCGAUGAUGGAUGUGGAAGACCGGCUUGUGAGUGUCAAGGUGGGAAUAGAGGUUAUUGCGUGAGCCGAUGCGAUUAUUUUAGUGAAGAAAAUGCCACUGUAUGCACUGUCAUGUGAUCGAGUUCAAAAACUCUCACGUCAAUCACUAAUGUAGUGACUUUGUGAAAGAUAAAUAAGUCGAAUUUUCAGGGCUAUCUUGGGGUCUUUAUCUUUGUGGGUAUAGAUAAAUCGAUGAGGUUGGUGGUCUAGUAUGGUGGUAUUUGUGGUCAAAUAUGUUCAACACAUGACUUGUUGCUUGUUCAUUUCUUCAAUUCAAUAAAAUUGAGCCCUUUUCAUAUCU